AUGUCCUCGCGGCAACACGAACAGCUCAUCGAGCAAGACCCUGUCGGGGAAGAGACCAGGAGUCAGACCGAAUCCCAAGAUGAUGCGGCCCUCUUGAGGACCAUGGGCUACAAGCCAGUUUUACAUCGGACGUAUUCAUUUUUCGAGAACUUUGCGACAACAUUUGCUGCACUGUACUUCAUCGGUGGUGUCCGUGUCACCUUCAGUACCGGUAUUGCGGCGGGAGGAAACUUGGCUUACUGGACGAGUUACAUUGUCACAGUUGUCUUCACCUUCAUCUCCGCAGCAGUUAUCGCAGAAGUCUGUUCAGCGUCACCUUCGGCUGGUUCGAUCUAUCUGUGGGCAGCCGAGGCUGGCGGUCCCAAAUUCGGACGACUGCUGGGGUUUAUCGUCGCUUGGUGGUCUACCACCGCAUGGACCACCUUUUGCGCCAGUAACACCCAGGCCGCGACAAACUACAUGCUUUCCGAGUUGACCGUAUUCGAAGUCGACUUCCCGAAAGAUGUAUCGGACGUCAAGUUCCGGGCAGUGCAAUGGAUCGUCACCGAAGUGCUACUCGCCCUUGCAGCGUUCCUGAAUUUUAUGCCUCGUAAGCUCCUCACAACCCCUGACUCAGGCAUAUACUUAUCCCGGCUAGCCAAAUACUUCCGCUAUGUCUUCUGGUUCUCGUCCGCAGUCGUCAUGCUAGACUUUAUCCUGAACGUCAUCUGGCUCCCCAUAGGAGUCGCAAACACCUGGGGCUUCCGAACCGCCGAGGAGGCCUUUAUGUCUACCUAUAACGGCACCGGCGCGCCUGCAGGCUGGAACUGGUGUCUUUCUUACCUCGCCACUGCGGGUAUUCUGAUUGGUUUCGAUGCCUCAGGGCACGUCGCUGAAGAGACCAAGCAUGCGUCCAUUACCGCAGCACGCGGAAUUUUCUGGAGCACAGUAGCUAGCGGAAUCGGCGGUCUUGCAUCGAUUAUCCUCUUCCUCUUCUGCGCGCCUACACCCGAUGUCCUCUUCGGUUUCGGAUCUCCCCAACCCUUUGUUCCCCUUUACGCCGUCGUGCUCGGCAAAGGCGGGCACAUCUUCAUGAACAUAAUCUGCAUUUCUGCCCUCUGGCUUAACACAGCCGUCGCCAUAACCGCCGCGUCGCGCCUCGUCUUCGCUGUGGCCCGCGACGGCGUCCUCCCCUUCUCAUCCUGGGUUUCAGCCGUGCAUAACGGUCAACCGCGCAACGCUGUGAUCGUCGUCUGGACAGUCGCCUCAAUCAUUACCUGUACCCUCCUCCCCUCUGCCGUCGCAUUCACAUCGCUCGUCUCCGCAGCUGGUGUUCCCAGCGCCGCAGCCUACGGGCUCAUCUGCCUCGCCAGACUAUUCCUCACACCCAACCGGUUCCCCAAGCCCGCGUGGAGUCUGGGCAGACUUAGCAAGCCAUUCCAGGUUAUUGGCGUCUUCUGGAAUGGUUGGGUUGUUGCUGUGUUGUUCUCCCCGUACGCGUUUCCGGUUACCGGCGAGAAUCUGAAUUAUGCCCCCGUCAUCAUGGCCGCAGUCACGAUCUUCGCUCUCGUCUCGUACUUCCUCAUGCCCGAGGACGCCUGGUUACCCGCGAGCCGCAUCUCCCGAUUCGUCGACAGCAAGGGCGUCGUCAGCGAGACGGUUGAGGAAGUCGAUUCCCGGGACCAACGGAAGGAUGGAGAGGAGUCUGGGAACGCCUCUGCUACGAACGACACACCGGUCUCGAAUUAG